ACCAUCAGCAUCACCAGCAAAGCCCACCGGCUGCACACCAGCGUCCAGGAUGCGCUCUUUAAGCUGAUGCUCUCUGAGCCUGAGCGAAACCGUGAAUGCAUUUGGUUUGGUGUUUGGACGCAGAUGAUGCACAUGGAGAGAGGACAGUGAGAGACAGAGGAGGGAGACAGGAGAUCCCCAUCUCCAAACACCGACAACAAACUCCUCCAAGGCAGUGGGACCAUGUCCUCCUCACAUAGCCGGGACAUCUCUGACUACCAUGUCAGCGUCAUCCGUGACCCUCCAGUCUGGGAGGUCGGUGUGUACCUGUUGGGCUUUCUGGUUCUGCUUGGUAUAGUUGGAGUAAAUCUGUGGAAGCUCUGGAGGUCUGGCUCUUUCCCCGCUCCCUCGCCGUAUCCCAACUUCAAUUACCGUUACCUGCAGGAGAAAUAUGGCACCUCGUACUCUGAAGUCAGGCAGAAGUGCGUCGCAGCUUCGAAUCACAGAAGAGCGUCUACGGCGAGCCGAAAGCCCAGCCUGCAGCUGGCCGACACGCCUGACGGCUUCCGCGAACUCGGCCCUCUGGAGCUGAUGAGCCGGGACCUCGAGAUGAAACGCUCCGCCUCGGUCGACUCGCUGUGCUCCAUCUCAUCCAUCGCCCAAACGUUCGGCCAUGAUGUCACCGUGGGUCAGCUGGAGGUGACGCUGGAGCUUGAGGCACGUGCCUCGCUAUUACAUGUCACCCUGCAUCAGGCCAAAGACCUGCUGGAGAAGGAGGAGGAGAAUUUCCCUGGUUGCUACGUCACUGUCACGCUCCUACCUGACGAGAUCAACGUGGGCGUCACACAGAUUCAGAGCAAUGCCUUCACCGUGUUGUUUGAUGAACGUUUCUCCAUUCCACUGGAAGCAGCAGCCGUGGAUGAGUAUAGCCUGCGUUUCUCAGCGUUUGGAGUAGACUUGGAUGAGAGGAACAUCAGCGCGGGGCAGGCUGAACUCAAACUCUCAGAUCUGGACCUGUCCAUGAGGCCUUUUAAUGCUUGGCUGUACCUCCAGGACAUCAAUAAGGCUGUGGAUGCUGUGGGAGAAAUCCUGCUUUCACUCAGUUACCUACCCACAGCAGAGCGCCUCACGGUGGUGGUGGCAAAAGCCAAGAACCUGGUCUGGACUAACGGCAAAACCACUGCAGAUCCCUUUGUGAAAGUGUACCUCCUCCAAGACGGCAGGAAGAUCAGCAAGAAGAAAACCUCCAUUAAGAGAGAUGAUACAAACCCCAUCUUCAAUGAGGCCAUGAUCUUCUCAGUGCCUGCUGUUGUGCUUCAGGACCUCUCUCUCCGAGUCACGGUGGCUGAAAACACAGAAGAUGGGCGUGGUGAAAACGUAGGUCAUGUGAUCAUCGGGCCAGAGGCAAGUGGCAUGGGUAUCACUCACUGGAACCAGAUGCUGGCGACGCUGCGCAAACCGGUUUCCAUGUGGCACCCGCUGCGGAGGACCUAACUCGGUCCGAGUUCUGCUCUCCUGGUCCCGCCUGCAUGGUGACUACUGUCUCUGUGACCCAACUGUAAAGACUUCAGAAAAAAAGGGGGCAAGAGGUCUUUGUUAUUCAGGAAAAAAUCAUCAUCUUUUUAAAAGCAGUUACACAGACAGAGCCGUGGAGCAGAAAUGUUGAACGAAAGACUGAAACUCUGCCUGUGUCUGCUUUAAUUCCCAGGUCCUUUUAUCCAGGUUAAAUCUCUCUUCAUUUGUAGCAGUUUAAACAGGGCGGCUGAUCUGAACAUCAUUUGUUCGGUUGUGUUCGGAAAAGUGCAGCCACAUUCGAAUACCUACAAAUUAUUAUUAUUAUUAUUAUUAUUAUUAUUAUUAUUAUUCGGUGUUGUGUGGUUUUCUAUUUUGAUGCUCAGUAAAAAGCAAUAGAACACACCUGUAUGUAUGAUGGAAAAGACCUUUAACCAUUUGUUUGCCAGAGUGCAGGAAAAAAACCCACAUUCUCGCUGAAGUAUUGAAGUUUUCACGUUCUUCCUGUGCCCUCUGUUUGCCUGCACUUUGCACUGCAAAUCCAUUCCAAGCAUCCCUCGUUGGAAGUGUUCAUGCUGUUUUUUUUAUGCAUUCGGAUUUGUAAAAAAAAAAAAAAAGAAAGAAAAAAAACAAGACUAAAUAUUGUUACGACCGUAAGGAGUUCGGCAAUAACAAUUUCUUUUGUUCAGCAGAAGACGUUCAGAUAAAUGCAACCACGAUAAAAACCCAUCCCCAGAUUCUGCUAAAUAUUCCUCACCUGCAAGCGAGAGAAAGAGAAAGGAUUCAACUAACCAGGUUCAAUUUAUUAUUAUUAUUUUUAAAUGUAGCUUUAAGUCAACUAUCUCAGUGCAGCGUUUGAGGUCUCAUGAUUAACUCCAUUGUACACAUCCUGUGCCAAAUCAGCCACUAGAGAAGCAAUAUUUUAUUUAGGCUUGAGUCUAUAUAUAUAUAUAUUAUGUUUGUGAUCAAUGAGAAUAAAAAAAAAAAGAAAGAAAAAAAAACAUCAUUUUGCAGUGCAUGAAGGUGUAAUAGAUGAUGGUAUAUUAAUGUCCAAAUAUACAACUGUUUAAAGAUA